CAUCUGUAUUGCGCAUAUCCUGUCGCUCUGCGUCUGAUGCGAAUACCAGUCGAAGAAUAUGCAAGCAAUUAAACAGCGUGAUACAAACCUGGCUGGUGCCAAAGAUGAAGCUUCUCUUUCUAGGGUCAAAACUCGUCGUCGCAAAAUCAAUCCCUUUUCACCACCGACAACAGUCGAUGUGCGCGGAGUACGAGUGCACUUUCCCUUUCGCCCUUACAAAUGUCAAGAGACUUACAUGGAGAAAGUGUUAGAUGCGUUGCUGCGCUCGGAGAAUGCGCUUCUGGAAAGUCCAACUGGGACUGGGAAAACGCUGUGUUUAUUGUGUUCGACCUUAGCUUGGCAGCGUGAGCAAUCACGACUCUUGCAGCAAGCAUCAGAGCUACAAAACACGGACGCAAGUCUUCUUGCGAACAGCCAAGAUGCCCCGGCGAGAGCGGCUCGUGUUCCAACAAUUAUUUAUGCGUCACGGACUCAUUCGCAACUGUCUCAAGUCGUUCGCGAACUGCGUAACACGCGGUAUCGGCCUCAACAUGCAGUCCUCGGCUCUCGAGACCAAAUGUGCGUCAAUCCAAAAGUCAAAAAGCAAGGCUGUUCGGCAACAGACGUAAACCAUGACUGUAGCAAGCUGGGAAAGGAUCGAAAAUGUCGCUUUCGCAAUAAUCUAGACGGUUUCACUGCUCCGGCCAACGAAAACUCCGGGACAAAUACGCAGCCAGUUAUGGAUAUGGAAGAUCUCGUAACGAUGGGGAAGUCGCAUAAGGUGUGCCCGUUCUACUAUACUAGAGCGUUGGUGGCAAAGGCAGAACUGAUUCUUGUGCCGUAUAACUAUCUGUUUGAUAAAGACGCACGUGCAACAACAUUGUCCGAUAUUCCGUGGGACAACGCCGUGUUAAUAUUUGACGAGGCUCACAACUUGGAGUCUUUUGCAAGCGAGUCAGCUUCGUUUGAUUUAUCGAAUACAGAUAUAUCGGGUUGCAUUGCGGAAGUACAAAAGGCUGGAAACUAUUUACAAGCCAUGCCUGAUCUGGGUUCUAACCUUAAGGAGGAGAACCUUGUUAAACUCAAGGCUAUCUUUCUCAAACUCGAAGACUAUCUCAUGGGUCUCGGGAAUCAAACAGCAUACACUGGGGAGUUUAUGAUGGAUUUUUUCCAACAAGGGGGAGGAGUCAAUCACAGCAACCAUGAAAUUUUCAUCGAAGAACUGCGAAAAGUCAAUGAUCUACUUUUAGAUAUGAGGGGGACUGGUGCGACGAAAGGUUCACCCAAGCUGGAGCACUUUGUCCAGUGUCUCAAACGGGUGUUUGGAGAAAAACUAGAAUCACGGUGUCUUGCAAAGUCAGCAUCAUAUCGUGUGCAUGUUUCACCCAAGGAGCAACGGCAAUCCGGCAAGCAACAUAUUGCGAGCCGCACAGUUUCUUAUUGGUGUUUUGCGCCGGCAUUGGCUAUGGAAGAACUUGCCAGCCUUAACGUUCGAUCAAUCAUUGUCACUUCCGGAACUCUGUCGCCAUUACCGAGCUAUAGUAUGGAGUUGGGUCUCAACUUUCCUCAUACGCUAGAAAAUCCACAUAUAGUCAGUGACAACCAGAUUCACGUACGUGUCAUCGGCAAAGGUGUCAGUGGAAAAGAGCUGACGAGUUCCUAUGAACGACGAAAGGACGGGGAAUACUACUCAGAGCUUGGAAAUACGCUAGUAGCACUUUCCAAGGUAACCCCGGCAGGUAUGCUGGUUUUCUUUCCGAGCUACAGCGUGAUGGAGACUUGUAUUGAGCGAUGGGGUGGGCCUUCGUUGAAUUACAACAUUAAGUCACCGAAAACUCCAUGGAAACGAUUGCUUUCUACUAAGUCUGUUGUAGUUGAACCUAAGUCGUCUGCGAACUUGCCUGAAGCCAUUGCCGACUUUCACAGAUUUCUAGGCAUGUUAAAGUCGCCUGGCUGUAUCUUGAUGGGUGUAUGUCGAGGAAAGAUCAGUGAGGGUAUCGACUUCGCCAAUGAGCAAAGUCGCGCGGUUGUAAUCACAGGCCUACCGUUUCCUCCAUCUUUUGAUGCCAAAGUUAAACUGAAGCGCGACUUUUUGGACGGUGCGCGGGCGAUCGGCAGCAUGAAAGCGAGCAACGUAGGAGGGUUUGCAGACAAUGCGAGCUCUACUUCAAAUUUGGCGACCAAGCUUUCAGGGCACGAUUGGUAUGCACAGCAGGCGCAUCGAGCGGUCAAUCAGGCGAUCGGCCGAGUCAUUCGCAAUAGAUCCGACUAUGGAGCCGUUUUGCUUCUUGAUUCUCGAUUUAGCCAACAGAGAAACCAAGAGGGUCUCAGCAAAUGGGUUCGCCCGCAUUUGAAAAAAGACGAAGGAUUCGGAACCGCGGUGGGUGCCUUGGCGAAGUUCUACAGAGAAUCCGCUUUGGAAGCCGAAGUUCGCGAGACUACAGAGUCAAAA